AUGGAGGAUUCGGGAAUCCAGCGAGGCAUCUGGGAUGGAGACGCCAAGGCUGUGCAACAAUGUCUAACAGAUAUUUUUACCAGUGUUUAUACAACCUGUGACAUCCCGGAGAAUGCUAUAUUCGGUCCCUGUGUUCUCAGCCACACUUCUCUAUAUGACAGCAUAGCUUUCAUAGCGCUCAAGUCUACGGACAAGAGAACAGUACCCUAUAUCUUCCGGGUAGACACCUCCGCUGCAAAUGGCUCCUCAGAAGGUCUCAUGUGGCUUCGACUGGUCCAAUCAGCCAGAGACAAGGAAGAGCAGAACCUCGAAGCGUAUAUCAAAAACGGACAGCUGUUUUACCGCUCUCUCCGCAGGAUUGCCAAAGACGAGGAGUUACUAGUUUGGUACGGGAAAGAACUGACUGAGUUACUCUUGCUCUGCCCCUCUAGAUCCCACAGCAAAAUGAAUGGGUCGUCCCCCUACACAUGCCUGGAAUGCAGCCAACGUUUCCAGUUUGAGUUCCCUUACGUGGCGCACCUGCGUUUCCGCUGCCCCAAGAGACUUCACAGCGGCGACCUGAGUCCCCCGGACGAACAAGGCGGCGGCCUGGGCACCAAGGACCACGGGGGCGGCGGCAAAGAGCAGCAGCAGCCGCCGCCGCAGCCACAGCAGCAGCCACAGGAGGCCUCGCUGGGUCCCAAGUUCUGCAAAGCCGGGCCCCCCAUCCACCACUACCCGGCCCCCUCCCCGGAGAGCAGCACCCCAGCCGCCAACGCCGGCGGCGCCAGCGCGAAGCCAUCCACGGACUUCCACAACCUCGCUCGGGAACUGGAGAACUCGCGGGGAGGCAGCAGCAGCUGCUCCCCGGCCCAGAGUCUGGGCAGCGGCGGCGGCCCCGGCCACCAGGAGGCGGAGCUGAGUCCCGACGGCAUCGGCGCGGGCGGCGGCUGCAAAGGGAAGAGGAAAUUCCCGGAGGAGGCCGCGGAGGGGGGCGGCGGUCCGGGGGUGGUAGGGGGCCGGGCCCGCUUCGCCGAGCGGCCCCUGCCAGCCUCCAAGGAGGACCUGGUGUGCACCCCGCAGCAGUACCGCGCGUCGGGCAGCUACUUCGGGCUGGAAGAGAACGGGCGCCUGUUCGCGCCGCCCAGCCCGGAGACGGGCGAGGCCAAGCGCAGCGCCUUCGUGGAGGUGAAGAAGGCGGCGCGCCCCGGCGGCCUGCAGCCCGACGACGCCACCGCCGACGGCGGGCUGCAGCUGCCCUCGGCGCUCACGCUGCUGCCGCCUUCCUUCACCUCGCUGUGUCUGCCCGCGCAGAACUGGUGCGCCAAGUGCAACGCCUCCUUCCGCAUGACCUCCGACCUGGUGUACCACAUGAGAUCGCACCACAAAAAGGAGUACGCCAUGGAGCCCUUGGUGAAGCGGCGGCGGGAGGAGAAACUCAAGUGCCCCAUUUGCAACGAGUCCUUCAGGGAGCGCCACCACCUCUCCAGGCACAUGACCUCGCACAAUUGA